AUGGAUAUAUAUUACACACCAAAUUGUGGUAUGAGAAAGGAGAAUAUAAAGACUAUGAAUUGUGGGAAGUGUUUAGAGAGGACUUUGAGGGAUGGACAGCAGAAAUCUUCAAUAUGGGAGAUACUAAAAUUCGGCGCGACUUCAGGAAUUUCCUAG